ACACACACGUACGGUACACACACUGGACUCAGAAGGAGGUUUGUUUACUACAGCGGGAGCAGAAAAAAUGAAAUUAAUUUAUGACUCCACGCCUUGUCUCGUCCACCUGAUUCUAUUGGUUGAGCUGUUUGCCCAUUCAUCAUCUCGUCCCGCCCACAGUUCUUCUCUCUGUGGCAUGUUUAGAUCAAUGAUCCAUCAGGUGGACAUGUUGACAAUCUUAUCCAAAGAACUCCAUAACUUGACAGACGAGGAGCUCAUAAACUUUGAGGGUGUGGAAAAUAGACUGGAUGGUCUUCCUCAUAUGCAACACACUGCGGCCCAUUUUAAUUCAUUGAAGGUGAACGAGUCACUCUCCAAACUGUUUGUGUACACUCAGUCCUUCAGGCUGCAUGUUGGCUGGUUGAAAACAGCCAAAGAAAACGUCAGUUUAUCCUCCCAGUCAGCAGAGCGCGUCAGCUCUCACCUCCUGCAGCUCUCCAACCUCCUUAAUGCAUCUCUUCUCCAGAUCAGCGAAGAGAUUCCUCAGUCACCAUCUGCUUCCCUCCCCAUCGUCUCCACGGCCUUCGAUGUGCUCCGGUUCUCCGUUGAGAUCUCUGAACGUUUACAAGUCUUUUGUAACUGGUCAAAAAGAGUUUUGGUGCAUCUCCAGAGACUAUCCCACUGCCCUCGACAUUAAUAAGCCUCGGUCUUCAGCUUAUAAGCAACUGCUGAUGUCGUCCCACAAAACCACUGUUAACUUCAUCCAGGGAGGAAUCUUAGAUGUGGUCCAGACUAAAAUAUCUCAACAAAUAUUGGAUGUAUUGCCAUGAAGUUUGGUACAGAUAUCCAUGGUGCCCGGAGGAUGCAUUUGAAAGACUUUGGUGAUCCCCUCCAACCCGGUCUCACGGCAGUUCGUGUAAA